UUGACGUUGCGCGCGUCUGCGAUUCCUGCCCAAAGUGUCGACCUCGCGAGUGGGUUUGAGUAGAGCCGAGUCGCCCUUUACGUCGCAUUGUGUCUGCGGUCCAGACUUGUAGCUCGCUGGCUCGCUCGCUCCCUCUCCUCCUCCUCCUCAUCCCUCCCCUCCUCGUUCUCUCCUCUCUCCACGCCGCUACCUGUGUCGAGGCGGGGUGCCUCGCGUGAGCUUCGAUCCGUUCCCCUCCGCGUUCUAAUUCCGAGCUUAAAUGCGCGGCGCGCGCGAGCGCACGGACAAGGUGACCAGGGAGGGGGGGGGGCGGCGAAAAAAAUCACUCUCGGCCAUCGACAGCGGCGAGAGCCUCUCAAAUUGAUUUCUGAUUGAGCGCCACAGCGAGCAUUGGCGCCCGCGAAUUUAGGACGUGUCGAGUGAGUUUUGGUGGCGUGUGGGGGGAGUGUGUGGCAGGGCGGAGGGGGUAGAGUAGGUGGGAGGGUAGCUAGGUUGGUUGUGUUGUGUGUGGUUGUUUUGCUGUUGUUGCUGCUGCGGAAUCGUGGUGUCUCUCGUGUAGUCACUCGUAAGUGCUAGCACCCGGCCGCCCUGUUGGUUAAGCUGAUAUCUCUCCCAGUGCUCCAAGCGGAGCGGCACGCGUGCGUUUCUCGGCUGUUGGUCGCGCUCGAAAUGCGUUCGUCCGGCGUCGAGUCCUAGAGGAGCCAUCGAGGUGUCCACCGAGCAUCGGACUGGGAACGCCGCCAGGCAUGCGGGUGAACUUAUUCCGACUCACACCCGCCCGACCUGGUCUUCUCGCUCCUUCGAUCGUCUCCUCUCCGGGACUCGUGCUGAGAGGAGGCGGAGGAGCAGGAGGAGCAGGAGGAUGAUGCCACGGGCACGUUGCACGCUGGAAACUCGAAUGUGUGCCUAGGGACACCACGCGUGUCUACGCCGAGCGGCGCGGGGCUGAAUUGCACAUCGGCGAGAUCACUCGACGAUGGAUACUUUACGGAAGAGGCCGCCUGUGCUGCUACUCCUCGUCCACGUACUCUUUGCGUUCGCCCUCGAACGCAUUGGCGCAUCAGAGGCGGAGGAAAGGCUCGUUGACUAUCUGCUGCGGCCAGACAGAUACAACAAACUCAUUCGCCCGGCCAUCAAUAACUCGCAGCUGGUUACGAUCACCUUUCAAGUCUCCCUGUCCCAGCUCAUCAAUGUCAACGAAAGGGAGCAGAUCAUGACGACCAACGUUUGGCUCACCCAGGAGUGGAUUGACUACCGGCUCAAGUGGGACCCGAAUGAUUAUGAUGGAUUAGACAUCGUGCGGCUGCCCUCCAGGCAGAUCUGGCUGCCCGAUAUCGUCCUCUACAAUAAUGCUGACGGCACGUACGAGGUGUCAUUUUACUCCAACGCCGUGCUCUCCUACGACGGGAGCAUCUUUUGGCUGCCGCCUGCCAUCUACAAAAGUGCCUGCAAGAUCGAGGUCAAGCACUUUCCGUUCGACCAGCAGAAUUGCACCAUGAAAUUUCGCUCCUGGACCUACGACCACACCGAGAUCGACCUGGUGCUCAAGAACGACUUCGCCACGAUGGACGACUUCACUCCGAGCGGCGAGUGGGACAUCGUGUCCUUGCCCGGCCGCAAAAACGAGAACCCCUCUGACCCCGCGUACGUAGACAUCACCUACGACUUCAUCAUCAAGAGGAAACCUCUCUUCUACACCAUCAACCUCAUCAUCCCGUGCGUGCUCAUCACCUCGCUCGCCAUCCUCGUCUUCUACCUGCCGUCCGACUGCGGCGAGAAGAUGACUCUGUGCAUAUCCGUGCUGCUCGCUCUCACCGUGUUCCUGCUGCUCAUCUCCAAGAUCGUGCCGCCCACGUCUCUGGACGUCCCGCUCAUCGGCAAAUACCUGAUGUUCACCAUGGUGCUGGUCACCUUUUCCAUCGUGACGAGCGUCUGCGUCCUGAACGUGCACCACCGAUCUCCGAGCACGCACACCAUGCCGAACUGGGUCAAGAAGGUCUUCCUGCACAAGCUGCCCAUGCUCUUGUUCAUGCAGCGGCCCAAGAACAGCUCGGCACGCGACCGCAUGAGACAAAAACAUUUGGGCGCCUCGUUCGCGAGCAAGGUGCACGGCGAGGGUGCGGACGCGUGCUUCGUGAACCCGGCGUCCGCCAACAAGUACGGCUUCAAAAUGCAGGACCUCUCGGGCCCCUUCCGGAACAUUUCCGAGCUGAGGUUCCGCACCUCGUCCAAGUGGACGCCCGAGAUGCAGGAAGCCGUGGACGGGGUCAGGUUCAUCGCGGACCACACGCGCAGCGAGGACGAAGACCAGAGCGUGAUCGAGGACUGGAAGUACGUGGCCAUGGUGAUCGACCGCCUCUUCCUGUGGAUAUUCGUGGUGGUGUGCGUGGUGGGGACCGUGGGCCUCUUCCUGCAGCCGCUGUUUCAGAACUACACGACCCCAACCAUCGCUUAGCUAUUAGACAGACGGGGUGGUGGUGGUGGUGGUGGGGGGGGCUUCACUCAGCAGCACACAACAGCCGUCCCAUAGCCGCUCUCUCCCGACACGUUUGCAAAUGACUGAAUUGCCCAUAAUAUACCAAACGCCACUUAUACGUUUUAUGUAUAUGGAUAUAUUUGUAAUCACUUUACAUUUCUCUAAACCCAGCUUUACAUAAAAGUUACAAAAAAUAAAUUCAUGUAAGCUACACAAAUUACGAGCGUACCACGUGGUAUAUCGUGUUUAUUGAACUGCCGAGACAAAAUGUACUUCUUACAGCGGUUUCAAUUGUAAUUUUAUGUACAUUUACUUUUAAAGUGCAAUCACUUAUUUUGUACAGUUUAUAACAAUAUAUGCAUAUAUUUAAAGCUGUGGUUUAAUCAGAAGAGAUAUACCAUGGUAAUCAUAAAAAUUGCAACAAUUAACGACAACUGAAUAGAACAUAUAAUGAACAAGCAUCUUAGAUCGUCUCGAAAGCUAUUCUGGAUACUGUCAAACGCGCCACUGGUAUAAAAAUAUAAAAUAUACAACUAACGGUAUAGUAACGGUACAAUACUAAUUGCCUUGUCCAAACUUCUCUCGGUUGUUCCUGUGCUCGAAACACGCACAUC